AUGACUGGCGAAUAAUAUAAAGAUUGCUAUGUAGUUGAAUAUUAUAAUACAGAUUUACCAAUUGUUAGUUAAUAAGACGAGGAAUUGCUUUGUAGUUGGGAUUUCCCUUUUUAUAAAAUUUAAAGUCCAUUAGAGAAAAUAAAAUAUAUUUUUUAUAUGUUUAAAAUACAUGGAUUUGUUAAAAAAUUGAACAUUUAAGAAGGAAUAUUUUAAAAGUUUUUAUUAGAAUUAUAAUAAAAGUAUGAUUAAUAAAAUAAUCCUUUUCAUAAUUUUUAACAUGCUAUUGCAGUUUCUUAAGCAAUUUACUAUUUUUUAAAUUAAAAAUUAUUUGAAUAAUAUCUCGAUUUUCUAGAUGAAUUUACUUUACUUUUCUCAGCUUUAGGACAUGAUGUUGCUCAUACAGGAAGAACUAACACUUUUGAAGUUGCAAUUUAAUCAAAAUUAGCCAUAAAGCAUAAUGAUGAAUCUGUAUUAGAAAAUCAUCAUGCAUCUACUCUAUUUAAAUUAUUAAUUCAAAACAAUUUUUUGAAAAAUAUUUCAGUAAAUGAAUAAAAAACAAUAAGGAAAUAUUGCAUUUCAAAUAUAUUGUCAACAGAUAUGAAAAAACAUAAAGAAAUAACUUAGUAAUUUGAAAUAAAAUUAACAUAUAAAAAAAAAGAAAAAGUCAAAUUGAUUGAGUCAGAAAAUGAUAAAAAGCUUAUGUGUGGAUUUAUUGUACAUGUAGCAGAUUUAACUGGUCCUACAAAAAAAUUUGAACUAGCUAAACAAUGGAGUUUAAGAAUAUGCGAAGAAUUCACUCUAUAAGUUUAAGACGAAUAAAAACUUGGAAUCCCGGUCACAUCUUAUUUAUUAGGUCUUGAUUAGUUAGAGAUAAUAUCUAAAUAGGAAAGCAAUUUUUACAAAAUUAUUAUUCUUCCUUUGUAUAAUAUUUUUAUAGAUUUUGUUGGAGAUAAAUAUCAGUAAAUGUGUUAAAAUUGUGAAAAUAAUAUUAUUUAGUGGGAAAAAAUACAUUUAUAAGAAAAAUAUAAGAAUAGUGUUGAUGGAAAAUUUUUGUUUAUUUAAUAUGCAUUACCUAUAGGUUCUCCUGAAUAUAACCCACCAGAAAUAAAUGAAAAUAAUAUACCAGAAUAUAGUCCGUUAUAAAUAGAUGUAUUUUAAUUAGGUUGUGUGCUUUUCAUGAUGGUAAUGAACAGUGCACCUUUUGAAAAUGCUAUAAGUACUGAUAGAUAUUAUUCUAGAUUUUGUUUAGAAAAUAAAUCAUAUUUUUGGAAAAUAUUCUAUAAUAAUUGUAAACCUAAUUUAAUUAAUAAAAUGCUAGAACCUGAUCCUUUAAAAAGAAUAAAUAUAUAAUAAAUUGUUUAACAUUCUUGGUAUAAUG